CAUUUAUCAUGUCUAUUGUUUACUCUUCGUAUUCCACGGUCGAGCUUCGUAAAGUUAGGUCGCAAAACUUAAACCCGUUCAAAUUCUUAUUGCGUUCGUCAGAUCAGCUUUUUCCACAAUUUUCGCCGGAAUGUCGCAUCACAAUCUAAAAUCCACCAGCCACGGGUACUGCGAAGCUAUUUUCUCGACUUCGCCGAGGGGCGUCAAAAAGGAGAACACUGUUCCCGCAAUAAAAACAAAGAAAAAUUUGUUUUCUCCCUUGUCCAAUGAGUCGUCCACUACGACGAAGACUCAGAGUAAAAUCAUGCAGUGCCCUUUGCGGAAAGCAUCGUCGAAACCCGAAAUAACAGAAACUCUAGGACCUCCGAAGUCUACUGACACGACAGAAUCAUGUCUGAAGCCUACAAAUAACAAGCCUACGAAACAAGAAAGUAUCUCCAGUAGCGUUACACCCAACGACAAAAAUCUAAAGACACCAAUCAAAAGAAGAUUUGUCAGCGGAUCGUCCAACGACAAGACAACGUCUGCUAUACUGUGUUACACACCCAAGCAUUCAAGAGUGAUAAACACACCCAGUGCCAAUGCCAAAUCCAAUAUUUUGUCCAGUGCAAAAACACCUGUGAAACGUUACUUCAGUGACAAUGCUCUGUCACAAAAUACUCCAGAUUGCUUUAAUGUGGUUCACUUGGAAACUCCAUCUCACAAAAUUGACGACAUAGUAGUUGGAGAACAGACACUAUACGAGGGUGAAAGUAGCAAUCUCACAGUUGGAAUACGUAUUAGACCAUUAAAUGCCAAAGAAUUAAAUGAUCCAAAGGUCACAACAGUCGUGCAAGGGAAUGGUCAGAGUGUUAUCGUGGAAUGCGAAUCUGCACAUCACACUUUUGUGUAUGAUCACUGCUUCGUUUCGUACAACGACUCGCUUACGUCUGGUCACGCCAAUCAAGAGGUCGUUUUCCGUAACAUGGUGUUACCCUUGGUGCAAAAUGCUUUCGAGGGUUACAACGUCUGCUUGUUCGCGUACGGACAGACAGGAUCUGGAAAGAGUUACAGUUUAAUGGGUACAGAAUCCGCACAGUUGAGCGCAACACCAUUCGACGAGGGAGUUGGUAUCAUCCCGAGAUUUUGCCAGGAGAUAUUUACACGAGCGCAUGAGAAUCCGCAGAUCGAGACUACUGUAGAAAUCAGUUAUUUUGAAAUAUAUAAUGAAAAGAUACAUGAUCUCUUGGCGAGUACAAAUAAUGGAUCAAAGAAGGCUCCCCUUAAAGUAAGAGAGCAUCCCGUCUUUGGCCCCUACGUCGUUGAUUUAAGCCAGCACUGUGUGCAAAAUUAUAAAGAUUUACAGGCUUGGCUUAAAGUGGGAAACUCGCAGAGAGCCACAGCUGCGACAGGUAUGAACGAGAAAAGUUCACGAUCUCACAGCAUUUUCAGUAUUAUAUUAACUCAGGCGCAUCUGGAUAAUCAAUUGGAUUGCGAGCCGAUCGACGCUAAUCGUCGCAGUAAAAUUAACUUGGUCGACUUGGCGGGUAGCGAAAGACUAAGCCAAACUUCGGCGACUGGUGAUAGAUUGAGAGAAGGUGUGUCUAUUAACAAGUCUUUACUUACUCUGGGUAAAGUAAUUGCAUCACUUACGGAGAAUACAAAUAAUCGUAAACAGGGUUUUGUGCCAUAUCGAGAAUCAGUGUUGACAUGGCUGUUAAAGGAGAGCCUGGGAGGAAAUUCACGAACGGCGAUGCUGGGAACAGUGUCACCGGCUAAUAUCCACGUAGAAGAGACGCUAGCGACUCUUCGGUACGCAUGCCAAGCACGAGCUAUAGUCAAUCGAAUCCGUAUCAAUGAAGAUCCGCAUGACCGACUAAUUCGCGAAUUAAAGGCCGAGGUACUACGUUUACGCGCAGUACGUCAGGGAUAUGAGAAGCAGUUUGGAGUUAUACCUCGUCGAUUGCUUGAACCGAAAUACUCCCCGUAUGAUUGUAAAGCCAUACGAAAGCAAAAGGAAAUUGACGAAUUGAAAGAUCAAUUGAAAAAAACGGAAGAGCAAUUAGCUGUUACUCAGAUGAGUUCGCGCGAAAAGUUUGAGAGAUCCGAAGAGAAAAAAAGCUCGGAGCUCAAAUAUUUGCGCCGUUGUGGAAUUGCCAUCGAGAUUGAUUUCCAGGAGAGAGAUAAGCAACCUUGUCUCGUUAAUCUCGCGGCCGAUCCUAUGUUAUCCGGCACACUUUUGUAUCUUUUACCUCCAGGUUUGGUUCGUAUCGGAAAGAAUGCUCCAAAAAAUAAGCUCGGAUCUAAUCCGAAAGAGGAUAUCAUAUUGGAUAUCAUAUUGGACGGACCUCUUGUUAGGGAAUUGCACUGCUGUAUUGAAAAUAACAAAGGAAAAUUAAUCUUGACACCCGAGAUGGACGGAGAUACUUACGUCAAUGGACAGAUAGUAACUGGAAAAGUGGUGUUGAAACAUGGUGAUCGUUUAGUCAUUGGCGGCAAUCACUAUUUUAAAGUUCUAAAUCCAUUUGAUGAAUCUUAUAAUGUCAAGCUUUCCACACAAGCAAUAGAUUUUGAAUUUGCGCACCAGGAAAUUCUCCGAAUACAGGAAGAAAAAUUAAGAGCAGAACUGGAAGAAUCGAAACAAAAAGCGAUAAAAGAACUCGAAAAUGCUAAACGUGAAAUGGAAUUGCAACUCGGUUCGCAAAAAUCGACAUACGAGCAGAAGAUUGAGGUUCUUGGUUCCACUCUGAAAGAACAGAAUCACGCACUCGAACAAAUUAAUCGUAGAAAAAAAGAGCUGGAAUUGGAAAAGGAGUUACUUGUCAAAGAGGUAGAAGUCAAUAAUAAGAUUAAAAAGAUACGAAUGGAACAAAGUCAUGCCAAUCUGUCACCAUACAAAUCCAACUUCCUGCAAGAACUCGAAAGUAUUUUGAACGAGAGAACUGCAGAUAUUGAGAAUGUACUAAAGACAAAACUUAAAGGGGAAACAAUAACCGCUGGUGGAAUCAGUUUGCACGAAAUGCAAAUACUCGUCAAAGAAGCAACUCAACGAUGUCAAGACGCCGGAUUCCAAUACGAAUUUCACCAGCAGCAAACUGUAGUGGACAAGAAUUUGCAAUCAGUGAUUCACAUUUGUGAUAAAAUUAAUUCAUUGGAAACGUUGUGGCAACCGGCGGACUUCCUGGAUUGGAUUUAUCGUCUGAGAAACUGUGAUAUAGAGGAUUCGAUAAAGGAACUACGGCGUAAAGGCAAGUGGGAGUUUCAUGGAAACGGGAGCAUGGAAACAUUUGAAGAUUCUUUGAACAAUAGUAAAAUUUCGAUAAAUAUGACUCCUGUAAAGAGACAGCUGAAUGAGAGUAUCCAAUUCUCGAUGGAUACGUCGAUGCUGGAAAUGACGAUGCCCGACAAUAUGUCUAUAGUGCAUGAUCAACAAGAGAACAUAAAUGCAUGUCUUAUUCAAAUCGAAGUCGCUACGAAAACGUUGAAUAAACUGUGUCGUCGGUGUCAGAACUAUGACACUGAAUCGAUCGUCGAUUCGUUGACUAAGAUGCAAGAUAUUAUCGAAUCUUUAAAAAGUACCUUCCAGAGUAAAGAUUCAAGUGAGGGCGAAGAUGUGAGUACAAAUUCGAUAAACAGUGCCAAUAAUACUGUUAUUGACAUGUCAAACGACAUAAAAAGCAUCUUUAAAAAUAAAGAUAGUGAUGAAUGCAAAGAGAAAAAUGCUAUUUCGAUAGACGGUAUCAGUAAUGACGUAAAUAAGUCAGCAACAGAAGUUGAAAAUUGCUCAAAUCGCGAUAUGUCACCGAAGAAAUCUAGUAUACAAAAUAACGUGCCAGAUACGAAAGUUGAAAAUGCACAAAAGAACGUAAGAUUUACUGAUAAAACCAUACAACAAGCUCGAUAAAGUAAAAGGAAGCUAUUUAAAAUAUUCAUUAUUUUUUUAUAACAAACUGCCACCACUAUUAUCAUUUUAAAAAUAGAAAAAAUACGUAUAUAUUAUUAUAUUAAUAAUACCUCCCGACUCAGGCGCACGCAACACUAUUAUAUGGCACAGAUUUAGAUUUAUGCAUCACAUCGUUAAUUUAUAUAUUUUAAUACAUUUUAUAAAUUAUUUUAUUAGAAUGUACUCUUAUAAAUUCCCAUUAUUUUAUUAUUUUAUUCUAUAAAAUUUUUUUAAUUUAGCUUGUAUUUUAAACAAAAUAUUAUUUUAUGUAUGAAAUUGAUAGGCUUAGUAGUAAAUUACCAAGAUACAAUAAGGAAUGUACAAGAUUUGUCGGUUUAAGAGUAUAUAAAAGUAAAAAUAGAAUUUGUGACUUGCCAAUUACAAACUGCUUUCAGCAACUUGUAAGAAGUAUUAUUUAUGACUUAAGAAUUAUAUUGAAUAUUAUAUUGCAAAUUGUAUAUUACUUAUGUAAACUAGAGUUGAUAGAUUAUAAUGUUAUUGCCCAUAUUGAUGAUUAAAAAGCAAGUUUUUAAUACGUUUUUAAUAUAUUUAAGAAUUUAAUAUAAGACCUGUGUAAUUUCUUUUCACAGAAAGAAAUUGAAAUUUAUGAGUAAGUUUGUACAUGUAGAAAAGAUUGCCAAUAGUUGUAAAAUAUUCAUAUUUAUGUAUUAUAAAUGACAAUAAACUUUUAUAAAUAAAAAAA